AUGGACCCAACCCUUGGGACCAGGACUUUGCUAUGUUUGUCUCUUGCUUCGCUGUUACAUUUGGCAUGGGCCACCUGUGAAGCUUCCAACUUGCUUCAGCUCCCUCUCGGCACCCUUGGGGCCCUGGAAGGGGGGAGAGACUCGCAUGGAAAGGCUGAUGCAAUCAGCUUGAGUUCGCCUGAAUUUUCAGUCCUCUUACCAAAGUUGGAUGCGAAGAUGGAGCCAUUGACAGUUUUCAGAAUGAAAGGUGACCUGGACUGUCCUCCGUGCCUCCAGAUGGUGCGCGCGCUUCGGAAUACUCGUCCGACCUUAAAGCACCCGGGCGUGAUUCACACCGGUAUUCUUCUGCCAGAAGGAGCGGACAACUUCGACGGAUGGGUCGAGACUGCUCGAAAGCUUCGACUUUUGCCCAUGUCCUUUUUGGCUUCUCAAGACCUUCAGAACGUCAAGCUGUACUUUUGGGCCAAUGUGGAACAGACGCAUCCCCUGAUUCAAGAGAUCUUUGCACCACUCUUGGGACAGUACGGCAAGUAUAUUGAAAUCAAGAGAUUUGAUGCGGCUGCAGAGAUCAAGAAGGUAUGUAGCCACUAUAAGGCCAAUAUUCAGAGCUUUUCCAACUUGACUGGGGAACUGGUGAAAAUUUAUGAGUCACAAGAGCUUGUGGAUUCUCAAUCUGAUCUGAUGCGUCUUUUUCUGCUGUACAACUACGGGGGCGCCUGGAUAGAUAGCGAUACGUUGCUGGUUCAAAGCCUAUCCCCACUCCUGGAGGAGGAUUGGGUUGGCUACAUGAGGAAUUUCUUGCCUAACAAUAAUGCAUUGUCCUCCUCCAAACCUCGGUCAAAGUUCAUCACAGCCUGGUUGGGACACAUCUUACAGCUGGGGGUGAACACGACCCGGUACGCCUAUGGACCGUUCAGUCUGGACGCCAUGGUACGCGAAAUUCAGCGCUCGGUGGCCAAUUCCACUUUUCGUGUGCUGCCCGGAUGCUUCUUUGAGGGCGUCUCCAAUAAAGGUGCUCGAGCCGCGGACGAGGAGAUACCCAAGCGCACGCAGUUCUUCAACUCUACUUCACUGGAAUUGAUGAUCCGAAGACGGAACUAUAUUGACCCCAGGAGCAGGAAUCAUUCGACCUUUGGAUAUCAUUGGCACAACCAGUGGGGGAAGAAAGUGGAAGACUCUUCAAUGGCAGAUGCUGCAGAGAAAUUGUAUUGCGAGCUGCUGAACAUCAAAUUGAAAUGAGUGAGAAAAUUGCUGUCUUCACACCCAACCCAGGCCAUGACUGUUGUGUGCGACGAGAAGGGAUGGAAACAACUGACGAGGUUUCAAAUUUUGAAGUAUUACUUGCCAAAACCGCAGUGCCAUCAUAUGCCCUGUUCACAGGGAUAGAAACAUAACUUAAGAAAAUGUGAAAGAUAUAUUUCUAUAGAGAGAUUUC